ACAAUAUUGUGUUAAGGCUGUCUUUUUAUUGCUCGCGAUCUAUCGCGCUUGAAUUUAAUCAGUACUGCGCGUGCGUGACUGACAAAAUUAUCGGCAACAGUGCGGACAUGCUAGCAUGCGUAAGUACAUGUGCUUCAGUUGUUCAGUUGACGUGAGUCCGUGCCGUCCGUGGUCCGUGUCAGUCCUCAGUCAGUGAGCCUGGUUGGUCUGACAAAAUUUGUCUGUUGGGUCAUAUUGCGAUGGAAACUGGAGAGAGAAUAUUGGAAUUCUCUCCGUUGACAAAACAAGUAACACCGAUGAUGACAUCGUUGAUGCCGAUAUCAACGAUGUCGGCAGAAACUGUGUCAACAGUGGCAUCGGUGACAUCGGCAUCAACGAUGUCAUCAACUAUGAUGUCGGCGGAGGCAUCGACAUCGACACCGGCAUUGGCACCGGCAUCGGCAUUGACACCGGCGCUAGCACUGGCACCAGUAUCAGCACCAGCACUGACAUCGGCACCGGCGUCGACAUUAAUGGAAAUACCGGCACCAGAGAAGGCACCGGUACCAGCGUCAACGGAGGCGUCAACGCUAAUAGCAUUAAGUAGAGAAGAUUUAAAAGGUCUUAUUGAUGCAGCUGUACAAUCUGCCAUGAGAGGAGGACGAGGAGGAAAAGGACGCGGGAUACGAGGAAGCAUAGGAAGAAGAAGGGGAAGAGGAAGAGGACGAGGACAUGGAUAUCAAAGAACAGGGAUUAAUAUUAAUAAUUAUUAUACUGCUCCUAAAACAUAAAACUAUAUAUAU